UUAAUAAUAGUAGACACUGUACAAGUUAAAUAAUGUCACGGCACACCGUCUAUCGAUCAAAUGGUUAAAAAAAUGUGGACUUAUCUAAUCAGUCAUAGAAGUAAUCCCCCGGUAUCGACGAACGCGUCAUACCAAUAUCAGAUGCGGCGUUAACAAAAACACAAAUCGAAAGAAAGCAAGAAGUCAGGCUGACACGAUCGAACGGUCGCGUAAAUUCGCUGCGCUGUAACUGCACAAUUUCGUUCGCGAAAGUCGUGUCGCGUACCCGCUCCCCUUUUCGGUAUUCUAUCCCUCUUAAAAGUGUGCGCGUCCGUUUCAUCUCGCUCCACCGUUCGCGUGCUCCCUAUAUUCCCCUUUUUUCCCCCCUGCACCUGGAUCACGUUGCAUUGUUCGGUCUGGCAACGGAUAUACAGAAGCGAAAUGGCAGCAGGAGAGAAGCCUGAAAGAAAGAAGAUCCAGAAGAAAAGGGACAAGAAGGAACGGCCGUUGAACGAAGAAAAACGAAGAGGACAAAUGGCGACGUCGGUGAAGGGGUAGGGAGAGAACGGAGAUGGAGGGUGUGAAACGUGAGAGAGAGACAGAGGAAGGACAAGGAUAGAGGGAGAAGUAGAGAAAGAGAGAGAAAAAAGGCAGAAAGCGUGGGGGCUAGAGAGAGGUGUUUUUCUUCCAAAGGGAACUUUGCACGUUCGUCUUGCUAGUGGCACGACGCCGCGCCACGCCACGCCACGCCGUGGUGGAAUCGGGGAGGGGGCAAGCGAGUUGUCAGUACCCCGAGAGAGUCGGGGUCGUGGCGGUAUAGAGAGAGGGAAAAAGGAAGGAGAGGUAAGCCGAUAGGGGAGUGGAACGGGAACGGGUCGACGAGGAUAGGGGAGUCUUUGGACACUACGCGAUACGAGGAAGGAUAGAAUCGAGCCGAAUCGUGGUGGGGUGGUUCUCGGCUAGAGGAGAAGGGCGUCAGCUGCGUAGAGGCAGCUGAAGAGGGGCCAGGGGGUAAGAGAAGCGGUUGGAACGAGGAGAGCUGAGUCAUAGCGCUGUUGCCACGUCCUCGCCGGCCUCGUUGAGGCGUCCCAACACUGCUGCUUGCGACGUUUGCGGCUUAUGUCAGUGUCGUCUGCCUAGAAUGGUACUGUUGGAAGACUUUUCGUACCUUCUACGCUUAGAUAGAAUAGAGCAUCUCUCUUUGAACACAGGUUUAUUCUUAAGCAAAUCUCACCUCUCAUAGGCUUUUAACCUACUUGAAUUUGAAUCAUCAUUUUUGCUCUAGAACUUGUCUUACUCUAGAUUUUCAUAGGACAAAUUAGUUGUUUUCAGGAAUAGAGUGAAAUCAUGAAAACGACGGUGUCUGGUUCUUUAACCUCCAAAGGAAAUUUCCGGCAAUACCGACAUCCUCGUAGUACCAGUCAGCUUUUUUUAUUCGAUUUGCUGUGAACCAAGGUGGAAUCACGAGAGGGCAAGAGGGGGUCGGGAAGAAGUCGAAGAACAAAAGCCUUCUUUCUUUGUUGUUAUCCUGGUAGUGCUCGUUCGGCAUUGUAUUCCUUUUUAUUCGUACCGUUCUUCGUGGAAUCGUAGAACCUCCAUGUAUUGUUGUUAGAUCGACACAUUCAUAGGGCAUGGAAUUUCGAGAUCCAAAGAAACGGAAAGCAUCCCUAACCAUGGAUCCUUUUUUUCCAAUGAUACUCCCCUCCGCGGUGAAAAGUUACAAUUUUAAGGCAGCCUUUACGUAACGCGGAACGUUCCCGUCAAGUUUCUACGAUGAAAGUUUGAUCGGUGAAUUUUACAAUGAGUUUCCGCGAACCGAGAAAAUCGUCCGCUUCCUUUUCCUUGCUACAGACUAAAAUCCUACCAGUGCGAUACGUUAAUUGAUUUGUACAAGUAGAGAAUUUUUCCGUCUCCCUUUCCCUCUUUCCACACACAUACACACACCGGGGUAGGAACUCUUAACCGUGGGCCGAUGUAUUGAUUUCCUGUACGUCUCCCAUUUCAAACGUAGAAAGACAAACGAUCAUUCAAGUGGAUGCCCACUAUGGUGGAUCAUGAGAUUCGAUUCCUCAAAGGAACUGUUCCGAUCAAACACGUAGUCGAUGCACUUUCAAUAUUUAUGGAUAAUCUGUUCAUUUCACAUUUUUUAUAUUAAUAUUAAUCGACCACCGGAAGGUUACCAUUCCGGUAUGAAUUUGAUCAGAAAACGAUGGCCGAUAAAUGGGACUUUGUAUCACUGAAAAAUUAAAAAUCGCAGGAACGAAGAACGUCAUCGUCACACACUUGGAUAUUCCGUGUUAAUUAUCACUGUAUUCCCUCGACACAGUAGAUACGUAUUCAGUUCAUAGACCCGGUGUCGAAUAAUUUAAAAUCAGUCGGAGGAUACGGGUGGUACGUUUUCGCGCGAUGACCGUGCCUUCGGUGUCUCCUUCGAGAGGGGGUCCUCCCGGUACGUUGCAAACUUUUUCGCUACGGAAAAACAUGACUCUGACCUAGAAACUUGAAAUUUAUGGAAAGUCAUGCUAAUGUUUUCACAUGAAACUCCUCAUAGUUCAGAAACGAAGGAAUCGAGGUUGGGAACGAGUCUGCCGAAGUAAAAUUCCUCGACAAGCAGCGAACGAGAAUUUCUGGAGGGGAAUGGGUACGGGGUUCGCGGCUCGCUUGCCAGCCAGCCAGCCAGCCACCGUGGCACUUGGGUUCUCUCCCCCUUCCUCUUCUGGCCUUCUAUCUUAUUUCUUCUCCUCUCGUCACUCCUCUCUCACCCGCUUUCACUCAUGCGUGUCAGAGAAAAGGACGUUUGCCGUGUAUGUGUGUGAAUAUAUAUAUAUAUAUGCAAGAGUUUUCAGUACUUCAUGACUGUACGUGGAUAUGUGAGCGUCUCACGCGAAGAUGUGUAGGGGAAGAAAACAAGAGGGGGUGGGGGGCAGUGGGUGCCAAGUGGGAUGGGAUGGGAAGUCUUGCAGCCACAACGUACAGAUCGCGAUCAAUUCUCUUUCGCAAAAUAUCACGUAGAAUGACGCUGCCAAUAAUUCCGAAUUAAUAUAAAUCCUCGUUUAUAUCCACUGGUUUUUAAAAAAAUUCACUUUAUGGAGUAGCCAUUGCACUCAUCGUGUAAAUAUUUUAGCGAAGAAACGAAAUUUCGAAAUUAGCACUCCACACAUCACACGGUUAAAUGAUCCGCAAAUAUCCAACGUAAAUUGCCAUAUUACAAGUAAACGCGGGAAAUGUGGAAUGAGAAUGAUUGCAGGAAUCGCGUGUGAACGGCACAUAGGUGUUGCGGCUGCCAUUUUGUGAGAACAAUCUUCCAGAAGAUGCGUACGUCCUGAUAUUAAAACUUAUUCGUUUCAGUCGUUUCACCUCUCCUUUUGUCGAAGAGAAAUCGAGAGAUAAGUCCGAAAAAUGAGUUGCCGAAUCAGAAAUCGUUCUAGAAAACGUAAUCUCUUCUUACACACGGUUUCAGACUGUUUCAACACGCUAAACAAAUUUUCGACAUAUUUCAAGGAAGACGAGCAACAGCGAGGAAGAUAAUAAGCCGUUAAACAAAGAGUUCGCGUGCCUUUUUCUCGCCAUCGAAUCACACGCAAUAUGGUAGAGCGACCACGCCCCAUUCCAAAACGAUCCGACAUAAUCACGAAAUAUAAAGAAGCGUUCUGAUAUUGCGACAAAUCGAACGUGUCCUCCAUUGUAUUUUCGUUAUUUUACAAAGUAAAUCCACCGUUCGUCGAUUUCGUAACGGCCUAACAAAUACUUUCUGCGCAGUUAAUCCAAGCGAACUAUCAGUCCAAGGUGUCGCCCAGUUCUCGCGCAUUCUCCCUCGCGUUAAUACUGACGCCUGUGAGCGUAAAGAACAAACAACGGAUUAUUUUGAUAUGCAUUUUCCGUUGGUAUUAUUGUAAGCUGCGUGUAUAAUAUGGUCCGGAAGAAAAAAAAACAGAGGCUUUCUUCGGAAGAACGCACAAGAAAAUACGUGCGACUCACGCGAGAUUAGACGAACAACUCCCCGAGAUACUCUGAAACCGUUGAAGUCUUUGCGCUUGCGCACAGUAUUCUUCUCUGGAUCGACCAAUCAGCGCGCGUCCCUCCCCAGUCCCGUCGGUUACCCUACCUCACCUAGUAAGUCCGUUUCUACUACCGCGCCAAGCUUUCUGUACAUAGGGUGUGCCAGAAACAACUUUGGCUCUUUGUUUUCUUUAAUUUCGUCGAAAUUCAAUAUCUCCCUUCUCUGUAGGAUAAAAACAAGCGCGUUUUCUUUAAGCCUACCGAUUUGCAAUUGCAAUGAAGCAAAAUGAAUAAAGAGCGUACUGUUUCAUUUCUUGAAAAAUAAACCUACACACCUGCUGAAAAAAGAGUAAUUUGACUCUCCGAGUUUUGCGCGGUAACGGUAACUUGAUUAUUGAGGAUUACAGCUUAUACCGAGGUAUGGACGCGUGCAGAGCGUCAAGUUGCUGCCGCGGGGCGAAGAAUGCCCCGUGGACGGAGGUUCCGGUGGUUCCCUCGGAGAUGGCAACGAGGGUGGUUCCGGUUCCAGUUCAGGCAGCGGCGGCAGUGGCGGGGGCAGCGGUUCCUCAGGCAGCACCGGGGGUGCCUCCGCGACGGUGGCGUUCAUGGAUAUCAAGUCCGCAGCGAAGGCCCACGCGACUGAGCAUACCUUGGACGAACGAGCCCUUACCACACAAUACUACGAGCCCCAGCAUCUACAGCACAGGUUUCCCUCGCACGGAAGUUCGGAGGAUCACGGAUCGAGCGGGGUUACCGGCGGAGGAGGAGUCAGUGGAGUCGGAGGAGGCGGUGGCGUCGGUUCCGGCAUCGUCAGCGGAAGCGUUGUCAGCGGAGUCAGCGGCGGCGGCGGCGGCAGCGGUAGUGGUGGCAGCAGCGGCGUCGGCGUCGGCGUCGGAGUCACCGUCGGUGGAGGCGGCAGCGUCGGAAGCGGAAUCGGCGGCGGGAGCGGCAGUGGUGGCGGUGGCGUUGGUGUCGGCGUCGGUGGUGGCGUUAACGACAGAGAGAGGGACCGAGAGAGGGAGAGGGAGAGAGACAGAGAUCGAGAGAGAGACAGGGAUAGGGAGCGGGAUAGAGAUCGGGAGAGAGAGAGGGAGAGGGAGAGGGAUCGUGAGAGGGAGAGAGAACGAGAGAGAGGAGGAGAGAGCUUCGAGUCGCGUGGCUCGCACGGCAGUUUCUAUAGCAGCGAGAGAAGCGGUCGAGGGGUCGGAUCCGGGGGUGGUGUCGGUGGUGUCGGCGGCGGCGGUGGCGUCGUCGUUGGCGGCCAUCCGGCUGAUCCUUCUGCCGGUGAUCCUGGCGGCUACAUACCCCGCGGCCGUCCACCUCCAGCCAGCUCUUACCACGUGACAUCGACCAGGGCGAGGGAUCGGCUCUACUCGAGAACCGGCCCGUAUGCCUCCGGGCCGCCGCCCCCGCCCCACUUAGAUCGUCAUCGCGGUGGCCUGCCACCGUCAUCCUGGUCGGCGUACGAGUCGACCACCUCGAGGUACGGCAACGCACCGCCGCCACCCUCGCCUGCCAACAACGACGCCUACCAGGACGAGCAAGGCGGCGGUGGAGGUGGCGGCAGCAGUAGCAGCGGUGCGUUACGACAGCACAAAAAACAGCGAAGAAAAUCGCGAAGCGGAAGCAGCUCGCCGAGUGGCAGUAGCCGUUCCGGCAGCAGCAGCAGUAGUCGCAGCGGUAGUUCCGCCGGCAGCACUUCCGGGGGCAGCACGUCGCCCGGUAGUUCGCCGCACCGCACCGGAAAUGCCGCCGUCACCGAGGACCGCAGGCCGCUCGCUAUAUGCGUGCGUAAUUUACCGGCACGCAGCAGCGACACCUCGCUCAAGGACGGUCUGUUUCACGAGUAUAAGAAGCACGGUAAAAUAACGUGGGUGAAGGUGGUCGGUGCGGCCGGCGAUCGGUACGCCCUGGUAUGCUUCAAGAAGCCCGAGGACGUGGAGAAAGCCCUCGAGGUGUCACACGAUAAGCUGUUUUUCGGCUGCAAGAUCGAAGUAGCCCCUUAUCAGGGUUACGAUGUCGAGGACAACGAGUUCAGGCCGUACGAGGCGGAGCUCGACGAGUACCAUCCGAAGGCGACGCGUACGCUCUUCAUCGGCAACCUCGAGAAGGACGUCACAGCGUCUGAGCUUAGGAAGCAUUUCGAGCCUUUCGGCGAGAUAAUAGAAAUAGAUAUUAAAAAACAAGGCGCUGUGUCGAGCUAUGCCUUCUGCCAAUACUCCGACAUCGGUAGCGUCGUCAAAGCAAUGCGAUCGAUGGACGGCGAACACCUGGGCGCGAAUCGAAUAAAACUUGGAUUUGGAAAAUCGAUGCCCACCUCCUGCGUAUGGGUUGACGGCAUUGGAGAUUGUAUGUCGGAAAAGUACCUGAACAUGCAGUUCCAUCAGUUCGGACCGAUAAAUCAGGUCGUGGUGGAUCGCGAGCGUGGCCACGCUUUAGUCUUCUUCGAGCAAAUCAGCUGCGCUCAAGCGGCCGUGAAGGAGAUGAGGGGUGCGGCCCUUCGCGGUCGUCGACUUCAGGUCGAUUUCGCCUCCAGAGAAUGCCAGGAGACGUUUUACGAGCACCUAGAGCGACAGGGUAUCGCCAGCGAUAAGACUUGGGACACGAGACCUUCGUCAGCGACCACCUUCGAUGUCUCGAUUCCUUCCAGGCGGGAGCGUAGCAGUUUCGACUCAGGGGUGACGGUGUCAAACUCGAGUAGCAGGUUUACCCGGUACGAGACGCCCCCGAGGUCGAGAACGGCGAGUUACUCCCGCGCUUCUGGAGGAGGAAGCACACCUGGCGCCAGUCCGGCGCAUCCGACCGCUAUGUCACGUAGCAGUAGGCGAUCCUAUCAGGACACCUACUACGACGGCGACUAUAGCGAGCCGGCACCGCGAAGAUUCCGCAGCUACGACGAGUUCAGCCAGGGUAGUGGGGCCAGUCACGACGAUUAUCAGAGCAGCGUGCUCGGCGACGGGAAGUUGAACGACGACGACUGUCCUCCACCGUCGCGUCGCCACGCGGUGCAAAGCGUCGUUACCAGUGUGGAUCCUCCGGCCCCACCGCCCCCGUUACUGCCACCACCUGACAUCAGACACCUGCAGAAGGAGCGUGUCCAUCUGCUGGAACAAUUGGAGGAGUGCCACAGCAGCGGCGACGAGGUUGGCUUUGCCCCGAAGAAGCGCGCGAAACUCGACGGCGCGUCCACCACCACCAUACUGUGCGAGGAUGACGAGCCUGAGAUCGCGUCGUUGCUCGUCACCUCGCACUCCAGUAGGAAAGGCAUGGACAUUCGACGGGUUAGCGAUAGUAAGGUGGUGGUCCAUCACGGUACGCGGAGAGGAAGCUGCGAGGGAAGGGGUCCAGGACCUUGCAAACGACGACGCGAUGUUACCAGCAGGCAUCACGAACAUCACGACGGAUCGCGGCCGGGCACACCUCUGGUCGACGAGAGGCCCGAAAACUUGGUACCCAGCGAGCCGAGGCGGUUUCGCGAGAGGAGUCACGACGGACCCCUGUCGUUGCCAUUGCCAAGAUUCGCGGCUCAGAUGCUGAACAACAACAACAACAACAACAACAACAACAACAGCAGUAGUAACGCUAGCGGUAGCAACAGCAAUAACAGCGGCGGUAAUCGUUCGAGUAGCGGGAACCUCGCGAAAGUGACCAGUCCACCGUGCGCUAACCUGUCCUCGACGGCACCCAGUCCUCGAACCGCACCCCAACCGCCGGCCUCGCCACCGCCUCGUCAUCCCAGUCCGAGUCCGACGAGCUCCGACAGCGAGACCGCCCCCCAAUCACCUAGCCUCGAAGAAAGGAUACGCUCCCUCGACGAGAAGUACGAGAAAUGGUCCGGUUCUAGAGCGCUUAGCGCGGCCGGUGGCGACGCGUUAGCGAAACUCGAUGCCACCGCGUCCGAACGGUUCAGGUUUCGUCACAAACUUCUCGACUUGGAUCUACACGAGGUGCAGCCGUCCGACAUCGUCAAGUCGGUUCUUGCCAAGAGGAGCGUGUUCGACGAGGAUUCGAAACGUUUAGAGAACUUUAGCGAGAAGUACGAACCGAGAGAGUUCACUGGCGUGAUAAACGUCAGCUCGAUAAUCGGCAGCGCAAGCGGCCUCGCAUCGAGCGGAGGCUGCACUAGUAAGGUUUGCCUGCAGUAUCCAUUUCCUAGUCAUCCGCCGGUACAGCCGACCAGUAGCGCCUCCACGACCAGUCAGAUCGGCACGGUAACGUCUCUGUCUUCGAGUUUAACGACCACCAUGUCGUCGAUGCUGAAGACGGACCCACGGUCGACGUCGCAGCACAACUGCGUCCAUCCGACACCGGCCACCCCCAUCACGCCUGGCACGUCGAUCAAGACUGUUAGUCCCGAAUUACCACCAGUUUCUCUACCAAUUGGUCUUGGUGGCGGAAUGGCAGCCAGUAGCGGCAAUAGUAGUGGUUUAGCGUCAGCGAGUAGUAUUCUUAGCAGCAACGGUAGCGUAAGUAGUAUUCACGUUCUUGGAGCCUCGACGACACGAGGAUUGAGCGGUUCAGCGAGCUCUUCGUUGGUAGCCGCGGUCACCGCUUCGUCGACGGCCUCCUUCUCGACACCGAUUGCGACGACGGCGGUCUCAACGACAACCACAACUACCACCACCUCGAUGACGACCGCUAUCACGCCGUCAACCACCACCUCCACCAUUAUCUCCACCUCCUUGUCGAGUAAUAGUCAGUAUCAAACUUCCAUGUCCACUACCUCCUCGGUGCUACCGUCUUCCACAACGCCCUCCUCGAACUCAUCGUCUUUGUCCUCGUUGUCUUCGUCCAGCAACGAUAGCUCUCGGUCUCGUCCGAGGAAGGAGAUCAGCAGCAGUAACCGAGAGAGCAGAGACUCGCGCGAUAGCAAAGACGGUAGCAGAGAGUCGAAAUACAGCAAGGGAAAGGAUUGUCAAAGGAAAUCGCGGAAAGAGGAGACGGACGUUGAGAGGAGUCGCAAAGAUCGAGAGGAAAAGGACAAUUCCGCCGUGGUGAAUGAUAACGGCGACUCGGACAGUCACGCGAGAGAGUUCAAGGAGAACAAAGAGAUUCGUUACGAGAGAAAAGAGAGGGACGAGAAGGAACGAAGGGAGAAGGACGACCGCGAGAGGCAAGAACGAAGGGAGAAAGAAGAUCGUGACAGACAGGAGCGCAAGGAGCGAGAGGAGAGACGGGAAAAGGACGAGGAAAGACGAGAACGAGAGAGGUUGGAUAAAGAACGGCAGGAAAAGGACAAACGAGAGAGGGAGGAAAGGGAACGAGAACGAGAAAGAGAACGCGAACGUGAACGAAAGGAACGCGAGGAGAACGAGGCUAAAGAGAAAGAGAGGAGAGAAAAGGAACGGUUGGAACGUGAAAAACGAGAGAGGGAAGAGAAAGAACGCCAGGAGCGUAGGGAGAGAGAAGAACGAGAGAGGAGAGAGCGUGAAGAACGUGAAAGAAAAGAGCGUGAACUUCGUGUAGAACGGGAAAAGCAGGAGAAAGAACGGCUCAGGAAAGAAAGGGAGGAUCAAGAGAGGCGAGAAAAAGAGGAAAGGGACAGAUUGGAGCGCGACAGGAGGCGAGAGGAGAAGGAACGAUUGGAGAGGGAAAGGAAGCGUGAAAGGGAGGAAAAGGAACGACUAGAAAGGGAACGAAGAAAAGAGAAAGAAGAACGGGAGCGAGCCGAGAAGGAAAAGCGUGAAAAGGAGGAGAGAGACAGGCUCGAGCGGGAAAAGCACGAUCGUGAAAAGAGAAGAGAGCGUGAGGACCAAGAGAGAAGAGAGAAGGAAAAGUCUGAACGCGAAAAGAGAAGAGACAGAGAGGAGAAGGACAAAGAUAAGAGGGAUCGUGACGAGAGUAGACGACAACCCACCGAAAAUCAUCUCCAUCAAUCUGUGUCGCAAUCUCAGAAUCAGAUUUCUCCAGCUCCUGUGUCCAUCAAGCGGCGAUGUUCGUCGCAGGAUGGACCGACGGAGGACGAAGCGAAACGUAUGAAAAUUUCUGAACACCGUAGAGACAGCAAAGAUCGGCCUAGACAGAACAGAAGAUCGGAGGAUCGUAAACAUCGCAACGAUUCUCAUCGUUCGAGUCGGGAGAGCAGAGAAUCUCGCGAUAGCAAGGAGAGUAGCGGAUCAACGCAGACCCAGGACGGCAGGGAAUCGACUCACAGCGAAGUAAACAGGGAAUCGAACAGGGAGAACAGAGAAAAUCGGGAGAACAAUCGGGAGGGCGGCAAGGAGAAACAACGAAGCAAGAGAAACCGCUCGGAGAAAGAAUCCAGAGAACGUAGCCCAAGAGUGUCCCACGAGUCGGAUAAAGAGUUUCUAUCGAGGCUGGAUCUCUCGAAGCGCAACGAUUCGAACUCGCCGAGCGAGCAGACCACGGUCAGUUCGAAUCAUUCGCGGGAGAUGCAACAGCAUCAUCAGCAACAGUCUUCCCUGAACUUGCACAGUGACGUGGACGAUGGUCCGUUGUCCACUCACGAGAUGCAAGUGGCCAGGCAUCCAUCGGCCACCGACACGGACAGCGACGAGCCGAAGAAGCAUUCCAUCUUCGAUAUCGUCGACGACGAGCCUGCCUACAUCAGCAUGUACGACAAAGUGAAGGCGCGUUCGACGAAGAACAUGCAGAAGCUGGAGGAGGAGAAACGUCAGGUACGCCUGAAGGACAAAUUCUCGCAGCUGAAGCAGAGUCGAGCGAGACGGGAAGAGAAGAAGCAGAGUACAUCGUGGGAUGGCGACUCGGUGUCCAGUAAGGCUCUAACGGAGGAUGAGGCAACCUCCGAAUCCGACUCGGCCAGGGCGAAGUCUCUGUCCAGGAAGAGUUCCCGAUCUCGAAUUCAUUCGGACACCAGCGAGGAGGAGGAAUCGUUCAACAACAAGAUUCGAAAGGUGGUGAAGACCGAGAGGUUCUUGGAGAGCGACGUGGAUCUCGGCUUCGCGGAUACCGAAGAGAAGCACAAUCCUCUCGAGACGACGAACGUGGUCGGUAAUAGUGUUCAUCCGAAGGUGAAGGAGGAGCCACGCACGUCCGACGACGACGAGCGAAUCUCCGUUCCUUUCCAUGGAAAUCAUCCGGCGAUCGUGGUGAACAACCACGACAGGGACUCGCGUAAGAAGUCGCACAAAAAGAAGCAGAAGAGACAGAAGAACUCGAUGUCCAACGAGGAUAGUUUGAAGACCGAAUCCUCGGAGAACAUCGAGCAUAAGAACAAGUCUAACAUCGUGACGAGCAACGCGGACUGUAGACCGAAUCACACGUCGGAGACUAUCAACGUCGCCACGACGCCGACGUCGGGGACCACGGUGUUGGAGAACACGGAGGAGAGGAUACGCUCGGACAAGAAACAACGGAAUAAGAAAGAGAAGAGGAGAGACAGGAAUGGAGAAGAAAAGGCUAAGGCGAGGAGGAAGAGGUUGAAUAGACAAGAAGCCAGAGACUCGCAACGGAUGGAGGAUAUUUUUGGCCCGCUUUCGGACGAGGUUGACGAUGGUCCAUCGAACACGUUCUUCAAUCGAUUAGGUAACAUCCCGUCGGAAAACAACACGUACGCCUCUGACAGUGACGGUGGUCAUAGUCCAGUGUUGGACGUGGAUCGAGUCAGACGAAAGGCGGAGAAGAAACAACGCCGCCAUCAACCCGAGGACGAGAACAGCGUGGAUUUGGCCGAAGCGGGACGGGAAAUCGAGGCGAAGCUUCUCGGUCUGCCGAAUUCUCCGAAAUCAGCCGUGGCUUGCACGGAAAGCAACGACCACGACGUGUUCCGAUUCACCGACGACAACGACAGCGUCGAACCAUCCACUCCGUCCGCCAUUCCGGAGAAGGUUAAAGAGAAGAAGAAGAAGAGGAAGAAGUCGAAGGAGGAGCGUAGUAGAAAGGAUUACCAUCAUCACCACCACCAUCACCACCAUCAUCACGAGAAGAGCGGCGAGUUACCCUAUCUGGGUGCAGAUCCUAGUCCUCCCAGAGCCAGCAGUCCAUUAAUUCCUAAGACGAUGUCGCCAACCUUACCAACACCCAGAGAUACUUUAUUGAGCCCAAUUCCCAAAGUGGCGACCAACGUGCCAACGGUACCUUCGAUGACCCCUCCGGUCGUGACUGGCAACAUUCAGACCUCGAAGCCGGACAAGAAGAAGGACAAGUUCAUUCCUGGUUUCGGUAUGGAGAUCGACGAAACCAUCCACGAGAACGCGGUUAAGAGUAUCUCGGAACCGGAAGAACGCGAGAACAGCUGUCAGUCUCGGAGUGGAAGGGAGGAGCCGGAAGUCGCGGCCCCAACAACGCCGCCCGCUCAAACCGAAGACAAACCUCGAGUGGCGAUUUCUCAGGAGGAAACCGAAGACGCUGUGGCCGCGUUGCUGGAAGAAACUUUCGGUGGAUCUACGGAAGACUUCUCCUACGAGGGCGAAGAGGAAGAGGCGGAAGCGGAUGACGCGGUGGGAGCAUCAGCCGAGACGCCUCAAGAGGACGUCGAAGAAAUGCAACAGGCUGUCGAGAGUCUGAACGCUUCUACCGGAGAAGGCGAGGCAGAUAUGAAACCAGACACUCCUCAGAGCGAACACGAUCUGCAGAUAGACACCGAUACGGAGGAGGAUCCAAAUUACGAGACGUUCGAUUUGACGCAGCCACCCAAAACCCCAGACAUUCCAUCGUUCUAUAAAUCUCCUACAAAGACCGUCAACACCAUCGCGCCUGCCAUAGCUUCGACGGAAAAGCCAGUGGAACCUCGCAUAACGUCCAUGACCACCAAACCGCAGAGUCCACCGACCACCGUGAUCGCUCAUUCUUGGAAUCUGAACGAGAAGCCUCGAGAAUCGGCCAAAGCGGCGCCAUUGGAGAGCGUUGAGACGAACGUCAGCGCAGCUAGUCCGGAGAGGAUAGCUGUGCAAGCCCAUCGUGCUUCGACGUCUCCACCUCCGCAGUACAAACCGCCAGUUUUGGGCCUGAGCAGCGUGCCCAUCACCAGUGAGACGCCUAGAAUUGCCGCGGCUAGUCCCAGGCCACCCAUCAGCGUGCAAUCGUUGUAUCAGAAACUUCCUGUAUCGCCGCAAUCUCAAAUGGUACCGAUGCGACAAGCUUCUCCUAGAAUGCCAAACAUCUCUGCAGUCUCCACUUCGGCCUCUUCGAAUCAGACACCUCUACCUCCGUUAGUUCCAUCCAGGAUUCCACCUCUGGUACCGUCACAGUUAUCGCCCAGAGUCUUACAGCCUCUGUCGCCCAACGGGCAGUGGUCACGAAACUCUGCUCUGAGUCCUCACGUGCCAUCCGUUGGGAAACCAUCACCACCAUCGGCUAGAAUCGCAGUGAGCGUCUCUGUGUCCACGCAGAGGUUGGAAUCACCGGGUCAGAUUUAUUCCACAGCUGCUACUCAGCAACCGGUUAUCCAGCACGCUCCGGGAAUGAGGGCUUUAGCGCCCAGAGGAGGUUUGCCGCCGUUGACGUUAAAUAUUCCACACCGUCCUUACAUGCCCGUUCCACCGUUGGCCCCGGGAGUCCAAGUGAAGAGCUCCAGGGACGCGACCUUAGGCGGCAAAUCCGUGAUCGAAACGUUGCUCCCUGUGAAUCCGAACGAACCCUCGCAACGCCUGGAGGAGCCUAAACUCUCGCCAGCUGUUAUUCCAGAGCCCACGAACAAAGCAUCGACCUCUCCGAAAGUUCCUUCGCCAAAUCAGCCGCCCACGUACAUUCCCGAGACGGCGAAGAUCGAAAUCAAUGCCAGUACGUCCAGUCCCGUGUUCGGCAAGCCGACUUCCAUGGUGGACACCUGCCCCCUGUCGUCGAGAUCUCAGAAACAAAUUCAAGGGCCAAUCACGACGGACAAUAAUCUACUCUCGCCGAGGCAGAAGCAGGAGAUGUCGAGUCUUCAGCUUCUAACCACGCACGUACCGCGUUCCUCUACGCCAAGUCCUGUAAUAGUGACCCAUGGACAGCCUCAUUUGGUUCACAAGUCUGUGGUGCACAGUAUCGGCGCGACGGCUGUCUCUUCGGCCAACCAACCGUUGAUCAAGACCGUUGUACCGAUAGUGUCGCAGCAGAUCGCGUCCACAGUAACCGUUUCCAUGGCGGAAGAGAAAUGCAUCACGUCGUUGCCUUUGAGUAGCAGUCAGAGGCACUCGCCUGUCUCCCAGAGUCAGCCAUCGAAGCUUCACAUUCCGUUGGUCUCCACCGUGUCUCAGGCCAUCGUAAGCAGACCUGUACCUUCCACCAUCUCUUCCGUAUCAGCGUCUCCGCCUAACGAACAGAGCACGGAGUGCCUAGAAUCGCGCAUACCAGCCGAGCAAGAAUUAGAAGUGGACGCCGAUGCACAGAUGGCGCAAACAGCUCAGCCCAUGCAACUAACGCCACCGAUACAACCCACUCAGCCGAUGGAUAUCAUAAAGGACGAGCCUCUUCCGGAGGUAAAGCAGGAAGAGACGACGAUGAAAGAGGAAUUCCCUAAAACCGAGCCUGAACAUCCUGUAAAUCAAGCCAGCCCGAAUGCAGACACCAAACCUAAAGUAGAGCAACAGCCGGAUCCGAUAAAAUCAGAGAAACUGCCAUGCGUACCGAAAUCCGAGGUUCCUGAUAAUCUUCUCGUUCCUAAGAUGGAAAUCGAAGCAACCGUGAAAACGGAACCUGUUACAGAAAUCAAGAAGGAGGAAAUUGUGAAGGAGAACGAGGAGGCGGAUAUGGAAGAGGAACCAGCGGAGGAUCCACUCAAAGAACCCAGCAGUGAUCCUCUGGCCAUAGAUGUUUGUAAAGAAGAUCCAGCAGAUAGUAAAGAAGACAGCGAUUACUGGUCCGCGAAGGAAGUUAACAUUGAAAGCGUUAUAAAGAAGGUGGACGCGCUCUGUGACGGGGAAGGUAACGACGACGGUGAUGACGAGACUCAGCACAAUCAGAACACCAGCAGCGAGACGCUGGAGCAGUCGAAGAACAACGAGUCCGACUGGUUCAGCGCCGACUCGACGGCUGAAGGCGACAAUAAGAAGACCUUUACUUCGAACGACGAUCAGGACGAAGGCGUGGAGACCUGUGAAAGCGAAUCGACCAGGAGUCGUCGUGGCAGAACGAAAAACAGACGAGGGGUCGGCAGUCGUGGCGGAGUGACCACCAGACGAAGCAGCAGGAACACGAGCGUUGCGCAUAGACGAGGAGGUAGAACGCCUAGAGGAAGCAAGCACCAUGUUGAGAAGAAUAAAUUGCCGGCGGACGUUUACGAAUUCCACGACGAUAGCGAAGAAGACAAUGCCGGACGUCCUCGAUUGAUUCUCACGAUCAAGUCUCCGGUGCCGAAUCUGACCGGUCCCAACGCGCAGCCAGCGACACCCAUAGCUGCGGUGAAAGAGGUACCACCGGAAGAGUUCGUCUCUCCUGCCGCGAAUACGAGGAAGUCUAGAAGAUUAGCCGAGAAGGAUGGCAGUCGAAACACCAUCGACGAUGUGAUAGAAUACGUGGUUCGUGGAUCAGCAACGAAGGGAAUGGUCGGUGGUAGCACGGGCAGCGGUCACGCUACCAGAAGGAGCACCAGGCAUAACAAUUCUCCUAAGAACGUACAGUCUACCGUACAACUGACCGAGCACAGGAAGUCACCCAGGGGCGCAAGGAAAUCGGUGCGACGAACUUCCGAGAACAAUGACGAUAGCAGCGAGGAGAAGGUGAAAGAGGCGGUACCACCUACGCCGCAGGAGCUUCAGAACAAGGAGGAGACUGUUCCUCCUCGGGAAGAGGCGCCAAAGGUUGAGGAACCAAGCCAGGUUGUUGCUUCGUCACCGACACAGAAGCCAGUCUCCCACGAGCCGAUGACGUUGAUCGAUCCAGUGACGGGAAUGUUGAUACCUAUGAGGGAGUCCGAGGAAGGUCAAUACAUUCCAGUUUCCACGAGCUCCGGGCAAAUGCAAGCCGUGCCCAGAGCCGCGUGUGACUCGCGAAGCGCAGUUGGACAAACCGCUGGAAUGAUCAACGCCAGUCCAAGCACGAGCGAGGUGCUGCGAGCGAAACCGCCUCAACCGGAAAAUCUGACGAUUUCCGAGGAGCCUAAAAAAGAACAAACCACCGAACCGGUUCAAACUCAACAGAUUCAGCCGCAGACCAGUGUGAUCACUAAACCGCAGUCUCCUGUAGUUCAAGUUACCACUGCCGUCAGCAUGGUCCAGUCGACGACUACGUCCACCUCGGUCACCUCCGUGGCUGUGACGACGGCAGCGACACCGCAGAUAACACCCACUUGCUCGACGCCGUCGAAACCUACGAGUUUGAAGGCUCACGUGUUGAACGCCAGUAAAUUGGCGGCACCGGUGCAACAACAACCACCGCCACCUCCGCCACAGCCUGUCGUCAUUACGAAACCAACGGUCCCAAGUGUGCCAAGUCAGUCCGUGGUGCAGAAUAUCGUAAAACCAACGCAGCCUGUCCAAGGACUUCAUCUGCAGAUACCUAGCAGUCGAGUGGUGUCUCCCAGUUUGAGCCCACGCGCGAAACAGCCACCUCAGAUCAACGCAGCCAACGGAAAGGGUCAAGGUCAACCCAUGUCACCUGUUCUGAACAACACCGGUGUCCCACCGAAUCCUAAGCAACAUCUGCUGCAAGCAGCCAAACAGCAGGCAUCCACCAUAGUGAAUCUUCCUCAGAAAUUGCCUAUCAACGUUCAUCCACCUACCGUGGCAACCACCCCCACUCCGAGAAUUCAUCAACCAGUUACUCAAUCCACCGCCCUGAAGGGUAUAAAUGGUCAACCGCAUCCACUGAAUCCGAAGGCGCACCUGUUGCAAGCUGUAGUGCCACCGAUGGUCGCCGGUGCUGUAGCCAGUCCACCUACUCAGCCUCAUCUCCUGAAUCCACAACCUGUUGGAGUCAGCUGUUCCAGGCCUCCAGCACCAAAACCACCGGUGACAGUAACGAUGGAACCACCAAAAGUGGAGGUGUCGAUGUCCGGCUGCAUCAUGGUGCCAACUGCGAGUCCUCAGGCACGAGGAGUACCCAUAACAACCUAUGAAGGACCAUUGCAUGGGAGUGCGGGUGCUGCUCCGUCACCAGGGGGCCAGUACGGACUUGUCCCCCCGCAUCGAUCCCAGAGUCCUCCAUUGCCCCCACCUGCCCAUCAUCAUGCUAAUGCUUCUCAGGGCGACGUUGUGAACCAUUAUGGAGGGCUGGCGAGGGGCGCAGAACUGCCACCCCAUUACAUGCAUCCACAAGUUCUCCAGUAUCAGUAUUUGCGUGCACAGCAAGAAGCCUUAACAGCUCCGCGCAUAGCGUACCACAUUCCAGGAACUCGAUCUCCUCAUCUACCGUUAGAUCCAAAACUUGAAACUGGCAUAGAGGAUAGCCACAGUCCACCGUUAGAACUGAGACGGGGCACAAGAACGCCUCAGGACCGCACCACCGACAGCCCCCAAGUAGCUCAAGUUUACGUAUUGCACGGUGGUACCAGAUUGCCACCCCCACCGCCGCAGUACAACGCGGGAAGCAAUCCAUCGUUAACGGGUGCACCAGCAGCAGCCAGGGGUGGAUUUUACGAACCUCCACCGGCUCACGUGCGUUCUCAAUAUCCGAUCGCUGCCAGCGAAGCACCUAGCGACAGAGCCAUCACCCCAGACAGACCCAGAAAACACCAAGUGGUCACUCCACCUCACGCUUCCCAAGUACCACCGCAAGCAGACUCGUUUCAGAUGUUACUGCAACGUUAUCCAGUCAUGUGGCAAGGACUGUUGGCCCUGAAGAACGACCAAGCUGCUGUACAAAUGCAUUUCGUUUUCGGUAAUCCAAACGUAGCCAGGGACAGUCUACCUUGCAACAGCGAUGGCUCCACUCCACCUUUGAGAAUCGCUCAGAGAAUGAGACUGGAACAGACUCAGGUCGAGGGCGUGGCGAGGAAGAUGCAGAUGGAUAACGAACACUGUAUGCUUCUCGCUCUUCCUUGUGGCCGAGACGAGGUAGACGUGUUACAACAGAGUAAGAACCUUCAGACCGGAUUUAUAAUGUACUUGCAACAGAAACAAGCUGCUGGAAUUGUCAACAUUGCUGCACCAGGAUCGCAACAGCCUGCAUACGUAGUCCACAUCUUCCCGUCGUGCGAUUUCGCGAACGAGAGUUUGGCAAGGAUCGCACCAGACCUGUUACACCGUGUCGCGAAGAUCGCCCAUUUGCUCAUCGUAAUUGCCACGGUUUGAGGCCAACCAGUGGUCUGCUGGAUUAUAAUCUACCUAUACUUCUCGCCUUCAAGCACUUGUAGGACGCUUCGCACGUGGCAUGAAGCCUGGAGUGUCCCAACGACAAAGUGCAGCAUCGUACAACAAAAGAGGAGAGUAUUCUGGAGGGGAAUGAUCUCUCCCCCAGAGAUAUAUUAGUGACAAUCAAACGGAUCCCGGCGCUAAUCGUGCCGAUUUCUAGAUCGUAAGGCCUAAAAAGACGAGGUACGGGGUUGUGUUACGUCGAAAAGGGAGGCUAGCCACGGUCAAUGCUCGCAAAACAUCACCGGGCAUGCCUUUCUUCCCGAAAUCAUUUGGCGAGGGCGAGAUCAUUCGAAGAGUAAACCCCCAAUGACUCGCAGUACGCCGAUACCGCUGACGACGUUUGUGAGAUCGACCGACGUCACUCUUGGUCUUUCUGACAAGCGAGUCAGGCACAACCCCAGCCCUUAGCCGAAGACCUUCGAUUCGAACCACGCGAUUUCUUCACGAGAACGAGAGAAAGAAAACUAUAAAGGAUACGAAACGAAACCGCAUUUCGUAAAACUCUUUAAAAAAACACGUUCGUCCCUCCUCUAGGAAAACAGUAAAACAUAAUUAUUAUCUACCGUUGCUCUAGAUGGACAGUCGAUUUCGUAAAGUAAGAAGAGAAUUAGAUGAAAAAUAAAUAAAACCAGAGGAAUAAUGAAGAUGGUAAAUAAAAGCUAACGUACCCCUACCACUAUACACGAGCUAUUUUAAGUAAGGCUUAGGUAUUAAUGAUACUUGUAUAAAUUAUAAGCGAGCCAGCAAGGGCAUAACUACUGUGAUUUUAAUUAUUUAACGAUAUAUAUCUCUGCGUAAAGACGAUGAUAAAAAACAAAAAAGUGAAAACAUAUAAAACGAUGACCGAGUCUGGGUCCGCGCGGUAUGUGAUGUGUUUUUUGUAUAAUACUGCUCUAUAUAAAUACCUAUGUAUUAUAUUAAUUGUAACAAUAGUUGCUGCCGCCGCUGUUGCUGCUGCCGCUCGUGUCGAACUAGAAAGUAACGUUAGGAUCCUAGACCUCUAGCGAAAACGAAAAAAAAAAAAAUGAAGAAGAAGAAGAAGAAGCAAGUAAGAAGUAACAAAGGAGCGAAAGGACUACCGAAAA